AUGAUGAAAAGUGUCAAAGUGUUCAGCUUCCACCUGCUCAGGUUGUACCUCCUAUUCUGUAUGGAGCAAACUGAAGGCUGUUGUGAUGGUUUUCUACCACUAAAACCAACAAUCAGUCACUUGGAGGCUGUUGGUGACGAGCAGAGCCUUGUGGUGAGCUGGGCGAGGAACCGUGGAGCCUCAGAAAACGACAUUUAUGAGAUUCAUAUCGGCCGCACAGAAAAUUACGAUAUCAUUUACGCUAGAAAUGUGAGUGUAUCAGCCAGAGACUCCUCUGAGUACUCGUGGACGUGGAUCUCUGAGGUGCCUCUUGAGUGUGUCGAUCACUCUGUCAGGAUACGGAGCUUCUGUAAUCAAACUGGGCCGAGUCUUUGGAGCAACUGGAAAACCAACUACGGUGAGACAAUCUCCUGAUCCCACAAGAUGGAAAUAUUUCCCUCCAAGCGAUUCCUGAGGGAAGGAAGCACUGCCACGUUCUGUUGCGUUCCCCCAGCAGGAGUCAACAUCACAAGCAUCACUUUUCUGAACAAUCAUUAUCCUCUUUUGAGCAUUGGUGCCAGAGUUAAAGCUAUUUCUGUCAACAAUCUGACAAUCCCAACUACACGCUUUAAAGUAUUGUCACUCGCUUGCACUGAAUCAACUGGCAAGCAGGUUUAUACCUUAAACUAUAUCAGCUUUCCUCCUCAGAAGCCCAGAAACCUCAGCUGUGUAACGCCAGACAUGAAAACUGUCACCUGUAGCUGGGAUUCGGGCCGGAAACGGGACCGGUUUGACCACAAUAAACAAACACAUACUCUCCACAUAGAGAACUCGGACCAGGCUCCCAUCAUUUGUGAGCCAUCAUCUUGUACUUUUCCAGUCGUGGCACAGCUGCAGGAAUACAACAUCCGAGUGGUGGUGAAGGACCAGCUCGGAGAGGAGACUGAGACCUACAGCUUCAACAUCUCUGACAGAGUGCUUCCUGUGAUGGAGUGGGACAGAGUAAAGCCUGGGGUGAAGGACGUCUUCUUGUCCUGGAGUGUUCAGGGAAACCAGACAAACCUUUCUUGUCAGGUUGAAACCAUUCCUGGCAGCGUCACGGAGCUGGUUUGCUACAGUGUGAGCGAUCGCUGCGAAGUCAAACUGGAGCGCUUACAACCCAACACUCUGUACUCUACAAGGGUGCGCUGUUCUGUCACCGGCCGACUCUGGGGAGAGUGGACACCAACCACACUGUUCACAACGUAUCCACUGGUGACUGUAGACCUAUGGAGGAGAAUACAGCCCCUGUCUGACUCAGAUGACCGACGAGUUACUUUAUUGUGGAACACAGAUGUUGUUAGUGGUGAAGCAACACCAGUAACCAUCCAAGGCUACAAACUGGAGUGGUCACAAGGAGGCCAGACCUGGGCAGAACUGAGGGACAGUGGACAGAACCAGGCAGAGGUCCUCAUCGGUCCUGGAAGGUGUGACGUCACCGUUCGAGCUGUUCUCCAAAACGCCUCCUCCAUCCCUGCCAACAUCAGCAUCCCACCAAAGGACAACACGGUGUUCCUCCCAUCAAAGAAACGUUUGAGCAGCAUCACAGCUGGGGGGUUUCAUCUGUUGUGGGACGAGCAGAGCACCAUCACCUGCGGUUAUACUGUAGAUUGGUGCAUUCUGGGAAUCCCUGAGCCCUGUACGCUGCGGUGGAUCAAGGUACCAGGAGAAAACAAUACUUUGGUCCUGCCUGCUAAGCUUUUCCAACCAGGUCGCAGGUUUUCAUUCAACAUUUAUGGAUGUUCAGAAGAUGGACACACUCUGCUGGAGAUACUGACUGGAUACUCACAGGAGCUCAAAUCUGUUCAGUCACCAAGUCUGAUAGAACCGGUUCAAACCACGUCUUCAUCCGUGACGCUAGAGUGGUUUUAUGAAGAAGAUGAUGCAUCUCAGCCGGCCUUCAUCACUGGUUACCUGGUUACAGUGCAGAAAAUGGGACCUGAUACACAGCCCGGUCCAGCUGAAAAUUUGUUCAACGUGUCAGUGACAGACCCCCAUCAGAAGUCUGUUACCAUCGAGGGUCUGCAGCAGCAACAGGAAUACAGGUGCUUUGUGAGCGCUUCGACUAAAGUUGGGCCUGGGCUACCUGCCAGCAUCACCAUCAGAACCAGGAUCAAUUACUUGUCUUACUGGGCAAAGAUCCUCACUCCUGUCUUGCUCCUGCUCGGCUGCAUCGUCCUCCUGUGGCCGCAACGAAAAGCGUUAAAGAACAGUCUGAAGGAGAUCUUCAUUUAUCCGCCUGGUAUGAACAUUAAAACCCCUGAGAUUGACAGCUUCCUGUCUGAGACUGAUCACAGACUGCAGAAUCAGAAAGAGGACGAGUGCGUCAGCUGCGAUGUUGAGAUCUUGAACAUCAAACCUCUGCUCCCUGAAACAUCCACACCGAAGGAUCCUGAGUUAAUCACAAACGCUCUAUGUGGCUCCCAGCUCCGUCUUUCUUCACUUCUGUUACAAUCAAACUAUUGUCCACAGUCAGCCGUACUGCCCUGCGACAGAACAACCCAUCAGCAUCUGAUGAGCGUUACCAACCAGGGCUACUUAAGCUCCGAUGUGGAACAUCCCUCUGAGGCACACGAAGCCACAGUCGGUGAAAUAACAUCCAGCUUUGAGCCUUCUGACCAUCUGCAGGAGUCAUGUGUAGUCCUGUGUGGUUACAUCUGA